GAAGGGUGGCGGGCGGUGGUGUGUUCGUGUUGUGACCGAGUAGCAGAAGUGAGGGGAGGUUUUCAACCAGGGGAAUAUAGUUUUUUUUUUCUCAAUAGAUUUCUGGAGUUGGUUCUAGCAUUCCUAGGAUACUAACGACAGUGCUUGUGAUUAUUUUUGUUCAAGAAUUUCUUUCUGAUGUCAAAUUAAUGAGUCUCCACACUAAUGACAUGUCACCAUCUCAGCAUAGAAGUCACCACUCAGUGUCACCACCUCAUCGCGGGAGUCACUAAUACAAUCACCAGACGAGUCGAGUCACUACUCAGCGUCACCAAUCAAGUCACCCUACAAAAUAAGUCUCGUGUAUCGUUUGCCCGUGUCACCAUUGACUGAACACGCGUAUUCUGACGUCACCAGCCACUAGAAUGAUUAGACGCAAGUCUCACCUUUGUGUAGAUCACCUUUUACUCAAGUCUCACUUAACGUCUUCCCCGAUACUGUGAACCCCGGACCCUAACAGCUAGUAGCUAACCUAGCUUGGUUUAGCUAAAUCUGACUACACAUAUUAUUUCAUCAUUAUCUCCACGAUGUUUUUAUACUAGUUAGUCUUUAUUAUUGUGACUUAUUUCGAAGGGAUUACAUUACUUAAUUUAAAGAAAGGGAGGUAAUGAUAUCAAUGUGAGGGAGAUAAUCCAUUAUUUUCUUACGUGUUUCGGGAACCAUGCCAUGAGCCACUGUUUCUGGAGUUUAAAUUAUCUACGUUGGACGUACCGUCGCCAUGACAACCAAAGUUAUUUACUUUCUGAUUAACGGGAAAGAGGAAUCGGCGGAGUUCAAUAGCGAUGACGACACAGAGGACGUCAGAGAGACUUUCAGAGCCGCUGCUGAGGCCGGUCCGUCAGAUAUCCUGAAACUUUACAACACGCGGAAAAAUCUGGUCAACAUUUCACCCAAGUUGCCAGAGAACACGCCAAGUACUCGGUACAAAUUAGAAGUAGUGGCAGCCGACUACAGUCGCUUUGCCCCUUAUUUCUUUGCAGAUAAGAACGGACUCCUCCCGUCCCCCUCCGGAAGCUGUGACGUCAGUGCAAUAGAUCAAAGGUUGUCUGCCUUGGAGAAAAAAGUUUACAUCGACAAUGGUGAAAUGCCUGAGACUUUCCAUGACCUCAAGGCCAAAGUUGACAAUUUUAAAGAAAAAUUAGAAAGUGUUGCCCACCUGAGUUGGUUAGGCUUAUCAAAAGAUUUAUCUAUUGGAAUGUCGCAACCUUUCUGGCAUAAAAAAUCUUCUCCGAGAAAGAUGGAAAUGCAUCACAAAAAAGUUUAUGAGCGUUUUAUGAAAUUUACCAAAGUCCAUGUUAGCGAUGAAGUGAGGAGAGAACUUAGAAAACAAUCUUUUGACAACUGGCAGUGGGACGACCCUGAGAUGUUGAUUCUGCUGAGACAGAUGUACAUUGAUCUCAACCUCAUCACAAAGCUGAAUAUUGAUAUGAAUGUUCUCCAUGAAUGGCUGUAUGAAGUGUAUAGAAACUACAACAUAGUCCCCUUCCACAACUUCAAGCACUGUUUCAUGGUGGCUCAAAUGAUGUAUGGCCUGACAUGGUUGAUUGACCUGCCCUCAAAGCUGGACACGCUUGAAAUAUUUACUUUGCUCACCUCCGCCAUAUGUCAUGACCUCGACCAUCCUGGGUACAACAACGCUUAUCAGAUCAAUGCAAAAACGGAGCUAGCCCUUCGAUACAAUGACAUUUCCCCAUUGGAAAAUCAUCACUGCGCUGUUGCAUUUGAUAUUUUGAAAAAAGACAAGUGCAACAUCACACGGGAUUUCUCUAGGGAUCAGUUUAAACGUUUUAGGGAUGGCAUGAUCAGGUGCAUAUUAGCAACAGAUAUGGCAAAACAUAAUGAAAUACUCAACUCAUUUAAAUCCAUCAUUCCUCAUUUUGAUUUCAAUGACAAGGAACAUAAGUCUGUGCUGAUGAUGGUGCUGAUGAAAGUUUCCGAUAUCUCCAAUGAAGCGCGUCCACUCUCUGUGGCAAUGCCGUGGCUAGACUGUCUGUUAACUGAGUUUUUUAACCAGCUUAUGAUGAUCUUGAUAAAAGUGGCCGACAUUUCAAAUGAGGCACGGCCAAUGGCAGUAGCUGAGCCUUGGUUAGAUUGUUUACUGCAAGAGUUCUUCAACCAGAGUGACCUUGAAAAAUUGGAAGGACUGCCUGUGGCGCCUUUCAUGGAUCGAGAAAAAGUAUCCAAGUCCUCAUCUCAAAUUGGAUUCAUUAAGUUUGUCUUGCUACCACUCUUUGAAACUGUUGGGAAGCUUUUUCCACAACUGGAGAGUGCCAUCAUUGAGCCAGUACGAGAUGCCCUGGCCUAUUACACAGAGAUGCAGAGAGCCCUCGAAGAGGAGAAAGCUAAAAAAGAUUCCUUAGCCGACAGCAUGGAAGGGGAUAAAAAUGGUCUUCUCCCGGCUAAACUGAAUAACGGCAGUGACGAGAAGGAGCCGGGCGGCAUGAAGACAUUGACACUGGGUCACAGUCUGACCCUGGCCAGAAACAACUCAUCCAACCUGCGACGCGGCAGCACAACGAGACUGACAUCGAAACACUCGAUGGAGCUGGAGACAUCUCCGUCAUGACUGCGGCCGAGCCUGUGUUUGAUUCCUCUUUCACCUCUCCAUCCAAAUAUUUCACUCAUUGCAUAGCUGAAAAAACACUUUGAGGAAUACAAAUUAGUGUAUUUACCUCCCUUUUAUAAUGACGACCAGUGAAUGGAGUAAACUUUAAAGCUGGUUAACUUAACCCUACCACCUGGUUUAACAUUGUUUUUACAGAAAACACAAUCCUGUGUUAACAGACAUAUAUUGUGAUAUUAGAAGACUAUUUUCACAAUUUUUUUGUUCGGUUCAAACACCUGCUCAAACUUUCUCUGUUUGAACUCAUCUUACACUCAGGCAUGUGAAAAGUGUUGUGAAACUAACAUGUGAAACAAAUCACACAACUCAAAUCAGUACUACUUAAAAUUUGAAUACUUUCAAAGCUGAGGAAUUCAGCAAUGGAGAAUCAGCGUCAGUAUUUGUCAAGUGAAAGACUUAAACAUUAUCAAUUGACAAAUGUAACCAAACUUUGGUUUAAUAGAAAUGGACUUACAUUUUCUAGAAUUCUGGCUAUGCUGUCAAUGACUGACUAACAUUACUAAGGAGGAAAAUGACUCUUAUGUGAAAAAAGUUUGGAUUGGUGUUUUAAAAGUUUUGUGAAGGAAACAUACUUAAGCUGCACUAAUUUUUCCGGGUGAUUAAUUCAUUUGAUGCCAAAAACUAUACUUAAUAUAAAUUAAUUAAAUUGCAUUUCACUUAAACUUUUACAGUUGUAUGUUCCAUUUUGAUGUCAUCCAUUUUUAACUGUUUUUUUUUUUGUAAUAAACCCAUUUGAUAUUUAGAAAAAAUUGGUUAAAAGUCAGGUUUGAGAGCCAAUUUUCAUUUGAUUUUAUAAAAAGUAGAAGAAAGUUUUAGACUUAGUGAUUUGUAAAUAUUAAUCCUAUUGUUAUUUGUUGUGUGAAUCAUGAAAGGUGAUUAAUUUAUGCUGUUCUGAAAAGUUAAUUGCUAAUUAUUCCUCUAGCAUAUAUUUAGUUUAAUUUUUUUCUGCUUAUAUGUUCCAUCUUAUCAAUUUCAUCAAGGUUUCAAUAAUUUCUACCCAAGGUAAAAAUUACUGAAAUCUCUAUGUGUAUUGACCUUGACCACGUGAUCUCUUAAUUCUACUCAUGACUUUUUUGUCUUACUAUUUUAAACCUGGCUGUUCUGUUUACAGUACAUUAUUUUAGCUUUGUUAGGCUGUUAAUUAAUAACUAGGGGGUUUCUAUCUCCGCCUCCUUUCCUCCAUUUUUUACCAUCUUGCAGGUAUGUUAAUAUUUCAAAUAAACCAAAUUAUUAUGGUACACUGAGUAUUCCUUAGGUUGUUUUCCAUGUUCUAAGUUUUAUGAGGCAAGCCCCUGUCACCCAAAGUCCAAUUUUUUAAACAAAAUAAAUGUUUAUACACCAUGUAAAAAUAGCAAACCUAUUUCAUUAGGCUUUGUCUAAAGAUAAUUAUUGAAUCCAAAAUUAUUUUUUUUAGUUUCUUCAAAAAAGGCAUAUGAAUGUUAAUAAAAAAAGGACUGAAAACUAAAAUAACUAUUAGUAUUAUCACUCCAAACUUUAAAUGUUGUCUACAAUCUGCUACAAUACAAAAUUUUGUCUUAUAACCUUCUUUGGUUAAACUAGGGGUGUUGUAGCGCUCUUUAAAAAAAAUUUAACUGUUAGAAAAUAGUAAACUUGUUUUGUUUUUUAAACUAUCCACUUAUAAAUUUCACAAAAUUACCCAUUAACUUGAGGUUCUUAUAGGUACAUUCUGCAUGGAGUUUGUAUAUAAUUAUUUAAAAAAAACACAUGUUAAUACCAUUUUUUUUUAAUUAAGAUUUGUUACGUUGGAAUGGUUAAAAUAUGUUUUUUGUCUUUGCAAUAAAAAUUUGAAGAAGCAUAAUAUUGAAACAUGGGUUGUUGUCCAUAAAUAAUGUCCCACAUCUGGGGAGAAGGAGGGUCAAUACUUUGGUAAUGAUGUACUUCUUGUGUAAAGGUGUCAAAGAAACGUUAAACGGCAUAAAGAGGAGAAAAAUGUACGUUUUCGCUAGAAUUAUGGUAGUAUGAAGAUGGAGGGUAGAAAUUUGUGUCCUUUUAAGGUGGUGAGGAUGCUUACAUUUUCUAAUUAUAAGACUUAUUUUGGUGUGGUAGAAUAAAAAUCGUUAAAAUUAUGUGAUCUUAUUUAUUUGGCCCUAUGAAGGAUUCGUCAUUAUUAUAUAAAAAACUAAAACAGUGCUAAAAAUAUUUUUUUGCUCCAGCUUUGCAGUUGAUUACUUGCCCUAAUGUUAGCUCUCUCCAAACCAAGGUCAAGAAAAGAUGAAAAAAUAUGUAAUCAAAAUAUGGAUAUUACAAACCAGUGUGAUCACACCACACAUAAUCAUCUCCAUCACCGUGUAAUAUAUGUAUGUAUGUACCAUUUCACUUAUAAUUAAAUAAUCCCAAAGAAUUAUAUAUAUAUAUAUAAAUGAAAGUUAAAAAUUUUCAUAUUUUUGUACAUGACUGAAUGCUGAACAAAAACUAGGAUUCUAGUAAUGAAACAAAACUGUUAUUAGCUUUAAGUUGUUGUAGAUGCAUCCUUGACUCCUGUCUCCACUGUUACUAACUCGCCCCAUGGUGUUUACUACAUUGGUGAAACUACAUUUAAAAUUUGUUCUUGUAAUGUUGCCGUGGUAUGAGUACCUUUAAAAAAAUUAUGCCAGUAGAUAAAUUCAUUAAAAAGUAAUUAAUAAUUAAUUAGUAAAUUUAAUAUUUUGCCAUCUUAGUUAUAACAUAUGUCUAGUAAUUAAUUUUUAAAAAUCUAGGAGUAAAAAGUUUUCUUUCGCUAAUUAUAUUUUAACAAAUAUAAGUAAUUGUAUCAUUAAAUUAGUUGCAUAAUCCUUUUGUAUUAUGUAAAUAAUAAUUAUUGCCUUUAGUUUAAAAUAGAUUUAUUUUUUAAUAAAACCAACAUAGUACAAACUAUAAUCUUAUACUUGAAAAUUAUAACAAUUAUGUGCAAUGAUAAUUUUUUUGGGUUCUUGAUCAGUUUUGAUGGCUUCUCAAUAAAAAGAUUAAUGAUUGUUUGGUUGCCCCUGUAUAAAAUAUGGUUGUUUAUUAGUUUCAUUGUGUAGUCUGCUCCUGUCUACAUCUGCUGUAGAGUACACCUAUGAGGAAGACACAUAUAAUCAGCAUUGAUUCAUAUUUUUGUUUGUUCCUUUCAUUUCCUUUACCAUGUGCUCAUUGAACCAAACUGUAGAGUAUUAAAGAGGAAAGAAAUUUGGUGAAUUCUU